AUGAAUGAUGGGGUUCAGGUUAAGGAUUGGAUUGCUAGCUGGUUCUCUAGCAAUAAUAGUUGUAGUCCAAGUCAUCUGAAGUUUAUCACAUUAGUUAGCUUUGCUCUUUGGCACAUAUGGAAACUCAGACGUGCAGUUGUUUUUGAUGGUGCUUCUGUUAAUGUCACAAAUUUUACUAGAUCAGUGACUAAAGAAAUAGUUGAAUGUGAGACCAAUAUGCUUAAGCAAGUUAACUUAGGAAAAAGGAAUAGACAAUUAAGGACUCAUACAUCUUGGAGUUUGCCAGAGUGUGGAUACCAAAAAAUUAACUUUGAUGCAUCUUUUCUAAAAGAGAAUAAUACAAUGGGUAUUGGACUAAUAAGUUCUUCUCAUGCAGGGACAUGUGGGGGUGCAAUUUCAAAAGCUAGACUAGCACAAGAUGAGGACUGA